GCGGCGCGGGCGGGGCGGGAGCUGCAGUCGCGGCCAUGGCGGUGGACCUGGGGCUGUGGAGCGGGCCGCUGAGCCUCACCGAGGUGGAGCAGCAGCCGGCGCACCCGCUGCGGGUCAAGUACGGCUCCGUGGAGAUAGACGAGCUGGGCAAGGUGCUCACGCCCACCCAGGUCCAGCAUCGCCCCACCAGCAUCGAGUGGGACGGCUGUGAUCCGCAGAAGCUUUACACCCUGGUUCUCACGGACCCGGAUGCUCCCAGUAGGAAGGACCCGAAGUUCAGGGAAUGGCAUCACUUCCUGGUGACCAACAUGAAAGGCAACGAUGUGGGGAGCGGGACUGUGCUGUCGGACUACGUGGGCUCGGGCCCUCCCAAAGGAACAGGGCUGCACCGCUACGUGUGGCUGGUGUACGAGCAGCCCAAGCAGCUGAGCUGCACCGAGCCCAUCCUCUCCAACCGCUCCGGCGACAAGCGAGGCAAGUUCAAGGUGGCUGCUUUCCGCAGCAAGUACGGGCUGGGGGUGCCCGUGGCCGGCACGUGCUACCAGGCAGAGUGGGAUGACUACGUGCCCAAGCUCUACGAGCAGCUGUCAGGGAAGUAGGGCGCGUGGAGCAGCACUGUGAGCACCCCCUGCCCCCCGCAGCCCGGGCCGUGCGGAACACGGCGCUGUAGCUUUGGUUAGUGAGCUGAACCCCACUGCUCCCACCCUGACCCCUGCCACUGUUCCCUGUCACUGGCCUGACCCUGUGUCCCUCUCGGUGUGCUCCAGGCCUGUGCUGGGCCUCAGCUGCCUCCCUUGGGCCUGGCUGCUGUCCCCAGGGGAAGGCAGAGCCCUUGCCAGGGGCUGUUGCUGAGGGAUGUCUGCUGUACUGAAGGCGGGAUGUGGGGACAGAACCACUUGUGGGUUGGUGCUCUCCUUCCAGGAGAGCAGAGAGCGUGCUAAGGGAAGCUCCUCUGUUUGUUUGUUUCUCUCCUUUGAUUUUCCCCCCCCCCCAAUGAACCACUAAUGAGGGUGGAGCAGCUGGGAGGCACAGGGCCCUGCCUUCUGCUCUGCUGCUGCUCAGCUGAGCACACUUUGUUCUGUCAUGACCUCGUGUUAACAUGCUCUUUGCUCACAGUGCAAUUAAAAACUUACCAAGGUGA